CUAACUCUCAACGAUUCUCGCCUCCAUGUUCCCGCUACCAACGAAUCUGCAAGCGUUAACAUCCAGGAGCCCGUAGAUCCAUUGCGUUCCCUUCGACAAUUGGUGGGAGAUUAAAAUCUUAAAAUCGGCCACUUAAACAUCAAUGGCCUGGUUAACAAAUUUCCGGAAGUCCAACUAUUAUCGGAGGUUACCAAUUUUGAUAUUCUUGGCAUUACGAAGACCCACCUAAAUGGGAGCAUAACAGAAAAUUGGGUCAGGAUUCCCGGCUUCAAUCUAGUGAGAAAUGACCGUGACAACCAUGGUGGUGGUGUCUUAAUCUAUUACAAAGAAAGUCUUCUUGCUCCUCAAGUUACCACGUGGGACCACCCUAACUUGGAAGCCCCUUGGUUAAAUGUUACCGUGAGAUCAGUCUUUUCUAGUUGGCUGUAUUCAUAG